AUGGUCCAGCGCACGGUGGGCAAGCUGGCCUUUGCCGAUCCCUUCGUGAUGGAUGUGGUGGUGGAGGACGGGACCAUGGCCGUCACCGCUCGCCUGGGCCAUCAGUUCAUGGCCGACUUCUUCGGGACCUCGCCGUCUGCGUAUGAGAGCCUCCUGUCGGACCCGGCAUGUCGGGCAGAGGCGGCUGGCCUGGCCAAGGACCUGACAGUCCUGCUGGCGCAGUACUGCGGCCUGAUGACAGGCGAGGACUCUGGGGCGCUGAGCGCUGUGCUGAGAUGGGCCCGCCUGCUCCACGCUUUCACCCUGUCCUCCAAGGACGGGCCCCUGAUCGUGGAGGACCUGCCGGGGCAGCUGUCUGCAGCAGAGGCUGGCCAGCUUCUGGAAAGGAGCGCUGGAAAGGGUGCCCAAUCCAGGCACCGGCCACAAUGA